UUGUCCUAAUAUUUCAUUACUCGCAAAACCAACGGCUCGCUCAGGCUUUGCUUACUAAACACACAAAACUCCGGAGAGAAGUUAGGCCAACCGUUAACGUUCACCUCCGAUUCCCUUGGAAUCAAAGCAAGUCUGUUCGAUUCUUGGUCACCAUCCCAACCCAAAACUUCACCUUCCUCAAUUGCCCUUCUGUUUCUGUUGCCUUAUCCCUUUAUUUACAAGUGAUCUUCUUCACUUCCAUGUAUUGCAUUUCAUUUUGAAAGUCCUUACAUGGCCUCCCAAUACCCUCAAGUCUAAGUUUUUUUUUUUUUUUUUAUUGCUUUGGGCUGUGUUGAUAUGGAAACUUUAAUGCCCUCCAAGUGUUUGAGUUUUGGUGUCAUUGAAAUUUUUUGAGUAGCCAAUCAAGUUCUGCAUACCCAGUGAAGAAAAUUUCUUAAAAGACUGAAGAUUUGAAAGAACUGGGUUGUGGGUUUUCUUAGUUCUGAAUUGGUACAGCUAAUGUGCUGCCCAUGAAGUUUCAUUGACUAUAUUAGAAGGUGAGAGUUUGGAGAGUUUAGUCACGCUUCAACAAGUGAAUUUGCAUUGGACUCUUGUUCAUGAUAGAUUGAGGUCCAAAACAUUUUGGGUCCGGGUAGGAUUUAUAUUUAUUGCUUCGCAAUGAAUACUCGCUACUUAUUUGCACCGGACGUGUUGUGCACUUCUGGGAUAGCAGUUUCAUUUUCAUCGGUUUCUCCAGCCGGAGAAGAUCGAAUAGCUAUCAAUUCCCGAAACAGGUCCACACGCGUUUCCCCUUCUUCGUUCUUGGUGAGAACAGCAAUGAGGAUAUCUAGAGCAAGGUGGUUCACCUUCCUGAGAAGGGUGUUUCAUUACCAAAAUGGAUCAAGGUCUGAUCUUGGGUCCAAUCCAUUUAAUACUGGUUCUUGGAUGGUGGUAGAAUUAAUAACUUUGAUUGUUCAAAUUAUCGUCACAACUUAUACUCUGGCUGUUUCCAAGGCAGAGAAGCCGGUUUGGCCCAUGAGAAUAUGGAUUUCUGGUUAUGAUUUUGGUUGUGUCCUUAGUCUGUUGGUACUCUACGGGCGGUAUCGUUUUUUUCAUGGGGGUCAAGGAGAUGGUUCUUUCAACCACUCUGAUUUAGAACAGCAGAGGAACAAUGAAGAAUCCAGGACAAAUACUGUUAUCAGGAGCUUGCAUUUGAUGACCAAAUGCCGGACAUCUCUGGAUCUAUUCUUUGCCAUAUGGUUUGUCAUGGGUAAUGUUUGGGUCUUUGAUUCUCGCUUAGGAUCUUUCCGUCGAGCUCCAAAGCUCCACGUCCUCUGCAUCACUCUGCUUGCUUGGAAUGCUGUCAGCUACUCUUUCCCAUUCCUGUUGAUACAGCAAGUGCUGUGUUGUUGUGUGCCGCUUAUUAGCAGCCUCCUCGGCUACAAUAUGAACAUGGGAUCCACUGAUCGAGGGGCUUCUGAUGAUCAAAUUUCCAAUCUACCCAGCUGGAGAUUUAAAGACUUUGACACCAAUUUGGAGCAUGGAAAAUCAGCCAAUAAUAAUGAAACUCCAGAGUGCUGCAUUUGUCUAUCCAAGUAUAGAGAAAAGGAAGAAAUCAGGCAGCUGCCAUGCUCACAUAUAUUUCAUAUGAAUUGCGUGGAUCAAUGGCUUACUAUCACAUCUUGCUGUCCUCUUUGUAAACAAGAAUUAGAGAGGUAAAAACGCAAGAUACGAACUGAAAAGUCAAAAUUGAUCUUGGUUUUUCUUUUCCUUUAUUUUGUUUACCCUUUCCCAUCUUUUUUCCUGGGGGAGAAAAUAUCACCAUGAUUCUGAAUUGUUUGUAAUUACAUGGUUACUUGAGUGAGUUUAUUCCCUUGUACAUUGGAGCUCAGCUCACCAGUAACUUAAACUAUGUUGAAGUCCACCACACCAUCCUCGAGUGAAUAUUAAUUGGCAGGAGCGUAGUGAAUGAUGCUAAAUUCCUUGCUUACUAGGUGUAGCAGAGUCGAUUGCUCCUCCCAAGUACCUGUAUAUGUAUUUUUUUUAUAUUAUUAUUUUGACUGCACAUUCUAUGCAGAAUAAAUGUACUAUUGAUUCAUUGAAUAAUGUCAUGACACUGUUUAUAUACAA